AUGGAAGACGGCGGCGAAGUUUGCCGUAUCUUCGAGGACAGAAGGUGGGAUCCUCAAGAGACUUUAACUGAGAUCCUAUCCCAUCAAAACGAUGAGUCCUUACUUAAAAGCACAUACCUUCCUGUUUUCAAUCGAAUCAUUGAAGGCCAGAGCACCAAGAAGAAGGGCCGACUCAUCGAAAACUGUUUGGCAGUUAUUGGACCAAUCGUAUUACUGGAAAGUCCACUUUCGGUUAACUCACUCUCCAAUCUCCUCUGCCUUUCCAAAUCGAAGAUCAAAGCGCAACUUGAUCUACUCCGCCCAGUACCAGACAUUCCGGACGAGGACACUUCACCCAUACGACUUUUCCAUCUCUCCCUUCGAGACUUUCUACUUGAAAGCAACAGUGGGUCUGUCGAGAGACCAUUUUGGGUUGAUGAGAGUGAGACACAUAAGAAAAUGACUGAUCUUUGCUUAAAAACUUGUGAGAGUUUGAGAAGAAACAUUCGCAACCUAUCCGAUGAUGUGACACAGCGCGUCGAAAUUGAGGACCAAGACAUCAUCGCGUGCAUUCCUUCCGGAGUGCAAUAUGCCUGUCGUUAUUGGGCACACCACCUGCUGCGCAGUAAUGAAAAACAUACUUUGCUACCCAAGGCGCUAUCAUUUCUGGAGAAACAUUUUUUACACUGGGUGGAGGUCAUGUCCAUCCUGGGCCAUGUUUUCGAUAUCAUAGAAAUGAUUCAUAAAUUGCAGAUGGCAACAGAGGACGAUAAUUCGUCUACAUUAUCUCAUUUCCUGCAUGAUGCAAAUCGUUUUAUUCUCAAAAACCGCCAAAUCGCCGAUGAUACACCUAUGCAAAUUUACUCCGCAGGCAUACUGUUCGCGCCUCAAAGUUCGAUAAUUCGCCAGAAGUUUGAGUCUGAGGUUCCCCUCUGGGUGCUCCAAAUGCCACGAGUUGACGACCGAUGGAGUCCUGAAUUACAGACUCUUGAGGAUCAUGAAAGUAUAGUAAAGGUGAUAGCCUUCUCCCCCAAUGGUCGUCUACUGGCCUCCGCCUCUUGGGAAUUUCCCGUGAUACUCUGGGAUCCAAAAACAGGAGCGAUACAACAGAGGCUUGAGACAAAAUGUCCGACUACUUCAGUGGCUUUCUCGCGGGAUAGUCGGCUAGUAGCAGCGGGCUUGCUAGAUGGCCAAGUUCGUAUUUGGGAUAUAGCAACGAGCAAUAUGCUAUACAAUCUGCAAGAUUCAAAGAGAGUAUGGUCAGUGGCUUUUUCUCCCAAAGAACAGCUCCUGGCGACGGGGUCAUCUGAUCACAUAAUCAAGCUUUGGAAUAUAGAAAAAGGGAUUCUACGAACGACCCUCACAGGACACUCAAAGUCUGUCAGAUCAGUUGCUUUCUCACCAGAUGGCAUGAUUCUAGCAUCGGGUUCAGAUGAUCAUACAAUAAAGCAUUGGAACUUGGCGAGUGACAGCUGUAUAGGUACCCUCAAGACGCGCUCAAUUUCCGCAGUCGCUUUCUCAUCGGAUGGUCAACUGCUUGCAUGGGUGUCUGGGGACUUCAUAGAACUGUGGGAUAUAGACCGGCAUAGAAUCAGCCAGACUCUCAAGUGUGAUCAGGGGGAAUGGAUGGUCCCCUCAGUGGCCUUUUCUCCCUCAAACCUAUCACUAGCAUUAUCCCGCAACAACGAGGUACAAAUUUGGGAUUUAAAGAAGGGCUGCCUCCAGCAAACUCUCAGGGGGCAUUCCUCAGUCGUUUCAUCGGUGGUUUUCUCCCCCAACGGCCAAAUCCUAGCUUCCGGUUCAGAAGAUCCAUCAUUGCGGUUAUGGGAUAUGAUGGGUACCCUAAAAGGAACUCCUGAAGAACAUUCGAGCAUGAUCACCCUCCUGGCAUCCUCACCAGAUGGUGAAUUGCUUGCAUCUGCCUCUCGCGAUAAGACUGUGCGAAUCUGUAGUGCAGUAACUGGCAUUUUGGAGCAUUGUCUUGUUGGCCAUACGGGUGGGGUUUUAUCGGUAGCCUUUUCACCCGACGGCAAGCUCCUGGCAUCUAGCUCGGAAGACAAGACUGUACGACUCUGGGAUAUAGCCACAGGCUCUUCGAAGAAGAUUUUGAAAGGCCAUUCAAAAACGGUUAGGUUGGUAGUCUUCUCACAGGAUGGCCAACUGCUAACUUCUGGCUCCGAUGAUUUCACAGUACGACUCUGGGACAUAGAUACCGGUAGUAGCAGGCAUGCUCUCCAAUGCAGCAACGGGAUUGCAUCGAUAGCUGUCUCGCCUAACGGUCGGUUACUGGCAAUCAAUUACCGAUUGCAAAGCGCAAAUCUUUGGAUCCUGAUGACAAGACUUUGGGAGUAUUCCGGCCAUGAUCCUAUCUUCGGAUCUGAUUUCUCUCUUAUUGCCUUUUCGCCAGAUAGUCGAUCAAUGGCAUCCUACCACAGAGAUGGGAGCCUCCGACUUUGGGACUCGAUGACGGGCAUGUUGCAAGACACUUUGGUUAAAUCGGAGUGCAAAGCAACCCAGACUGGUUCUCGAAAGACCUUAUUUCUCAGCAAUAAGCUAGGUUCUCGCAAGAUUUCGGUCAGGGAUGGCAAGAUAAUUUUCCGAUCUCCCAAUGAGAGCCCAGAGAUAUGGCUCACACAAGACGGCUGCGUUUAG